AGUGCGAUUAGAAUCUGUAGUAUCUGGUUAAGCGAAGCACCGGACUAACGGACCCGAUCAGUCACCGUCCGAUCAUCCGUACGGUCGUGCGACAGCAAUGAAGCUUUGGCCGCACCGGAAGCCCUUGGCGCUUUGGGCCUUACUUAUGCUGUGGGUUUGCUGCAUACAGGCGAACAGGAAUGAAAGUGCAACGAGGGAGAUCAUUUCCACCGGGCACGGCCGCUCGAAACGUACGCUUGUGUACACGUUUAACAGUUGUUCCGGGGUCCUAUUUGCCCUGUCCAUACCGCUGGUAAUCACCGGACGGAACAUUUUCAUGUCGUAUAACUUCGAAGCCAACUACAACAUGCCGACGGACAGUACGGACUUUACGCAGGGCAUCCUAAAGAAGGGCGACAACGAUCAGAUACACGAGGCCGAGGCACGGAAAACGCGUGACAUCUCAGUCUCGGCCGCACCCGUUCCGAAACGAUCCAGCAUUAGUAGGAAAAAGGUCUACCGCACGAUCGAGCUGAAUCUGCAGCGAUAUGGAUUCGCCGGCAAGCGGUGCAUACUACGGAUGAUAUGCGAUCUGGCCGAAACGCCACUGGCUCACGAGAAUGGAGUGCUCGGCGAUGUGCUUCAGUUAAUAUUUACACCAUCGCUGUCGAAAGACGAAAAUCUGCCGAGUGAGUUCAAACGAGCGGAACAGCUGGGGCGCGACGAACGAGACUGCACCAAAUACCAAGCUCACUGUCCGACAAGCCCCAUCGAUUUGGUGACGAUUGGGUUGAAGCGAUAAAUGGGAAACGUUAUCAAACGGGAUUGUUGCUAAUAUGACUGAUUUCUACGUAAUAAAUGUAAAACAUUUAAUAAUUUCUUAAAUAACCAUGUUUUGGAUAUAAAUGAUUUGAACUUUCAAUAUAAACAAAUUUCUAAAUAAUGUGA